AUGAAGCUUCUAUCUCUGCUCUUUCUUGCCAUUGCUACAACGGCUGCAGAUGAAACGAACCAAACGCGAUCAAAUGUAUCUAGACUGCCGAAUGAGCCAGCGCAACCAAACGAUUCAUCGCAGUCAAGCGCUCAACCGCAGACAAAUGCUACUUCGCCAUCGAAUAUUUUAUCAUCAAAUGGUUCCUCGCUAUCAGAAGCGGCACCUGAAUCAACUUCGACAACUUCUUUAAUACCAACCUCGGACUCUAAUAUGACGCGGACGUCGUCUGUGGGUUCGAACAUAGACGCUGGUGAGACUUCAAUGGAUUGGGACGUAACUGGAUCUGAAGAAAAUGGCACGUUCGAUUUUGCCGCGUCCAGGUCUGCCGCGUCAAACAGCUCCGACGAUGUAGAUGUGGGCGAUUCCAUGAGCGUUUCAAGCGGCUCGGAGGAUCUUAAUUUUGUAAGCGAUGAUAUGUCUGGCAACGAAUUCAGCAACAGCGACUUUGGGUCUUACGACGCCGAGAGUGCCACCUCAGAAUCUACCGCAGGCUCGAGCUCUGCUGUCUGUGUUCAUAUGAUGAAAUUGUAUGCUUCAAUGUCAAUAGCGUUAGUCAUUGGAGCUCUCAUCUGA